AUUGCGAAAAGCCAAAGACGAGUGCGGUUGUCUCCGCCAACGGUCCAAGUUUGACUCCCUCGUUCUCUCCCCCUUCAUAUAAUUCAACUUCCCUCUCUUCUUCUUCGAUUCCCAUUCCACAUUUUCCACAUUCUCUCUCUUUUUUUCAUGGCCUCACCUUCAGAUUCUCUAAACCCUAGAACUUCUUCAACGCUCGAUUUCAAUUUCAAUUUCGAUUUCGCUUCUUGAUCGGCGAUCAUGUCCGUUACCAUGGAUUUCGCCCUUCUCGGUUUCCUCUUCCCUUCGCUCUGGGAGAUCCAAGUCGCCCUCGCCGCCGCUCUCUUCGCCAUCCUCGCCUACCGCUUCUUCACCUUCAGAACCGCUGACUCCUCCGCCGAUCGCUCGCUUUCCGACCAUUCCGCCGACGACGACAAGUUCUGCACUUAUUUUGUAGAUCGGCUUGAAAGGAGAUUCUGCCAGUUCGGGGUAUUUGAUCAAGUUGGAACUAUUGGCUGCGAAGAAUCUUGUUGCUGCUAACUUAAAUGGCACGUCGGACCCUUAUGUUAUCAUCACAUGUGGGAAUGAAAAGCGAUUCAGUUCCAUGGUCCCUGGUUCAAGAAAUCCUAUGUGGGGUGAGGAGUUCAAUUUCUCCGUUGAUGAACUUCCUGUCCAGAUCAAUGUCACAAUUUAUGAUUGGGAUAUAAUUUGGAAAAGUGCUGUUCUUGGUUCUGUGACUGUUCCGGUUGAAAGUGAAGGCCAAACUGGCGCUGUAUGGCAUGCUUUGGAUAGCUCAUCAGGGCAGGUUUGCCUUCAUAUAAAAACAAGAAAACACUCUUCGGAUUCUUCCAGAAUGAAUGGUUAUGGUGGAGCCAACACUCGAAGAAGAAUGCCCUUGGAAAAACAGGGGCCCACUGUAGUUUAUCAAAAGCCAGGGCUUCUUCAAACAAUAUUUGAUCUUCUUCCAGAUGAGGUUGUCGAGCAUAGUUAUUCAUGUGCACUUGAGAGGUCAUUCUUGUAUCAUGGUCGAAUGUAUGUCUCUGCAUGGCACAUUUGUUUCCAUUCCAAUGUGUUCUCAAAGCAAAUGAAGGUGGUUAUUCCAUUUGAAGAUAUAGAUGAGAUUCGAAGGAGUCAACAUGCAUUUAUUAAUCCUGCUAUAACAAUUAUUCUUCGUAUGGGUGCUGGUGGACAUGGUGUCCCUCCUCUAGGAAGUCCUGAUGGUAGAGUCAGAUAUAAAUUUGCAUCAUUUUGGAACAGAAAUCAUGCCUUCAGAAACCUACAGCGUGCAGCAAAGAAUUUCCAUGAAAUGUUGGAAGCUGAGAAGAAGGAAAAUGCUGAAUCAGAACUACGUGCACAUAGCAGUUCUGUCAAACGAAGUAAGAUACCAGAUAGGGUUCCUCAAGCUAGCUUGCCAAAAACUGGAAAACAUCAGCCUUUUACCAAAGAAGAGGCUUUAGUUGGUAUAUACAAUGAUGUUUUUCCCUGCACAGCUGAGCAGUUUUUUAACUUAUUAUUAAAUGAUGGUUCAAAAUUUACUGGCAAGUAUCGUUCAGUACGAAAAGAUACUAAUCUUGUGAUGGGACAGUGGCAUACAGCAGAUGAAUAUGAUGGUCAAGUCCGAGAGAUAACCUUCAGAUCCCUAUGUAACAGCCCCAUGUGCCCUCCGGACACAGCCAUGACUGAGUUUCAACAUCAUGUCCUAUCACCAGACAAGAAAAACCUGGUGUUUGAGACUGUGCAGCAGGCCCAUGAUGUUCCAUUUGGGUCGUAUUUUGAGGUACAUUGUAAAUGGAGUUUGGAGACAACUAAUGAAAGUUCAUGUACACUGGACAUUAAAGUGGGUGCACAUUUCAAGAAGUGGUGUGUGAUGCAAGGAAAAAUAAAGUCAGGGGCAGUCAAUGAGUACAAGAAAGAAGUUGAUGUGAUGUUAGAUGUUGCUCGUUCAUAUAUCAAGUCUCAUGCUUCUGGUGAUGAGGACGAUAAGGCCUCUUCGUCUCCUGCAGUGGCAGCUCUGGAAAAUUAAUAUUCCUUUAAACCUCACUAUAGGAUUUAAUUUAUCUGUACAAUAUUGUAAUUUCCUUUUUCUUUUGUUUUUUAAUUCUUGUAAGGCAGUGCAGAAAUAUAUGUAUAUUUUUUACAGCAAUAGGUUGUGUCUCAAUUGGCAACUUUCACCUUGCCAUGGUGUUUCAAUGGUUGUUCUUGAAACGAGUGUGAUAAAUGAAAAUUUCUUUGUUUCAA